AUGACACAUAUUUUAGAAGUAUUAAUAAACGCUUCGGAAAAAGCUGCUAUUGUAGCCAGAUCUUGCUGCGAACAUUCUAAUACUGAAACAUUGGUUGUAGCCGAAAAAUGUGAAACAGAAGCGAAUAUUCGGUUUGAAAAAGAUUUUAAAACAAUUGCAGACGUUUUAGCACAGGAGGCAGCUAAAUCUGUCAUAAUCUCGCAUUUUUCUGAACUUUCAAAUCAUGUCAGAGGCGAGGAAUCUCCUGAGAUUGGGGGCAUAUCCAUUACCCUGCAAGAUGACCCAGAAAAGACUUCUGAAAUGCUUCAGAAUUUAUUGCCUUUAUCCAUGGCAAAAAAAAUGGCUGCAGCAGCACAUAGUAAAAUCAGUUAUAAUGUAGAUUUACCAUCCAAUCUCCCUUUUAUUGAUCCUGCUGAUCUAGGUGUAUGGAUUGACCCAAUUGAUGGCACAGCAGAAUUUAUAUCCGGAGUGAAAGAAGAUGCCUUACCAGGUCAUGGUCUCCCAUGUGUGACUGUAUUAAUUGGAGCAUACUUGAGAAGUUCUGGAAAACCAAUUGUAGGAGUUAUUAACCAACCAUUUUAUGACAAUGGAAAAGGCCGGAUUAUUUGGGGCAUUUGUCAUGAUAAUGUCAGUGUGUUUUCUGAAAAUGAUCAGAUGACAUCAGAAGAUAAAAUGGUCCUGAUGAGUGGAUCAGAAAAAUUGGAAAUUAUAAAUAAAUUCAAAUCUUCUGGGUGGCUAGUAAAAUAUGUUCCUGGUGCUGGCCAUAAGUUAAUGAAAGUGGCUUUAGGAGAGGCAUCGGCAUACAUUGUUUCACAAGGAACCACAUUUCGAUGGGAUACAUGUUCACCACACUCUAUUAUUCUCGCAAAGGGAGGUAACAUAGUAAGUUACAAGAGCCAUACUGAACUUACAUACAAUGAUGAAAAAGAUCUUGAUACUAAACACUAUUGUAAUAAGGAUGGAAUAAUAGCAUAUUCGAGUGAAGAAAUCUUGAAUGAAAUAAAAAAUAUACUUUCUCAGGAUACCAGUUCG